AGACAGGCCCAACAGGAGCACUCAAAAGCCCAGAACAGAGCUGCAAUGGAGACAGAUGAAACACACGCAAAUCAUCACCCCACUAUUCCAAAACCCUAAUCACAGAUUACUGAACCAUAAACCCUAAACCCUAAUCCCAACGUGAAGACUGAAGAAGUCGCUUACAUUGCAAUUGCAAAUACCAAAAGCAAAACGCGUAGAAGAAGAGAAGCAAUGAAUCGUCUGAGCUUGGAGCAGGUGCUCAAGGAAAACAACACCCGCGACCCCAACUCCAUUUCAACCCUCAAGCUCAAUCACAAGGCUCUCUCCGACGUUUCGUGCUUGGGCGAGUUCAACAACUUGGAGAGGCUCGACCUCAGCUUCAACAAUCUCACUUCUCUCGAGGGGUUGAAGUCAUGUAUCAAUUUAAAAUGGUUAUCCGUUGCGAAUAAUAAACUGCAGAGCCUCAAAGGAAUUGAGGGACUUUCUAAGCUCACUGUGUUAAAUGCUGGCAACAAUAAACUUCAGGCGAUGGAUGAGAUCAAGUCUAUUGUGGGCUUACGUGCAGUAAUUUUGAAUGAUAAUGAGAUUGCUUCAAUUUGCAGACUUGAACCGUUGAGAGAACUAAACACUCUUGUUCUUUCUAGAAAUCCGAUCCGUGACAUUGGUGAUUCUCUGAAGAAGGUGAAAUCUAUCACAAAGCUUUCUCUAUCUCACUGCCAACUUCAGACUAUAGAGGCUUCACUCAAGUUCUGUAUUGAACUGAAAGAGCUCCGUCUUGCUCAUAAUGAUAUUAAGGGUCUCCCAACCGAGUUGGCUCUUAAUAAGAAACUCCAGAAUUUGGACUUGGGUAAUAAUGUGAUCACAAGAUGGUCAGAUCUGAAGAUAAUCAAUUCAUUGGUAAAUCUGAGGAAUCUCAAUCUGCAAGGAAACCCUGUUGUUGAAAAGGAUAAAUUAGUAAAGAAGAUUAAAAAGAUGUUGCCGAACCUCCAUGUAUUCAACGCCAGACCCAUAGAUAAAUACAUCAAGAGUGAAAAGGGCGCUAGAGCUGAUGAAGUUAAUAAGUCUUCACUUAAUGCUGCUGACAAGCAAGAAACUCAAACAAAAGAGCCAAAGGAGAGAGACUUCAAACAUCAUGCAAUGGGUGAAGCUAAGGGUGGUAUUGAAAAUGCUAGUGAUUCUGAUACAAAGAAAUCGAAACGGAAAAGGAAGGGAUCAAAAGACAAUGUCUCAAACAAUGACGUUGUUGUCGAGGGGGAUGAAAAAAGAGAUUCUGUCAAGAAAAAGAACCGCAUACAUCAUAUGCAAAAUGAAGAUGAUACUGGUAAUCUGGAGAAUGCUGGGCAUUUUGAGAAAGCAUUGCAACAGAAGAAGCAGAAAAAGAGUCCAGCCGACACAGAAGAUAAUGCUGAGGUUGGAAAGAAACCAGAGAAAUCCAAGGGGAGAAAAGGUGAACUUGAUGUUAUUGAUGAUGCAGAUACACCGUUUUUGGAGCUUUUUUCUGUUGAUGCUGAGGUUGCUAGUGAGAAAAAGGUUAAUGACAAGGUUAGGGACUUGGGUGGCUUAGUAACCUUCCCUUCUAAGAGUAAAAAAGCUAAAAACCGUCCCUCCACGGGUUCUACACUGCAUCCGUCGCCUGUUGAUGAAAUUGGAACAGGUGGGCCAUCGACAUGGGGUGAUGAUUAAUGAUUGCGGAGGUAGAUGCUUUGUGCCCAUGAAAUUUUGUGUUGAGCUAGCGUGCAGAUUGGGCCCCUUCUCUUCCGCAAGUUUGGUUAAACUCAUGCACAUUUGGAGUUGCAGAUUACAGGCAAAAGAGUAUAACGUGUUUGGUAACUUUUUACCAUUUACCCUUUUUCGUUCGAUAACUUUUCACUAUUUUCCCUUUCUAAUGGAUGUUUUAACCAUUUACUUGCA